UAAAAAUAUCACUACAGUAAACCUAUUACAUGCAUUUAAGCAGCAAUUUGGAAACCACUAAAGCAUUCAACCAAAUGGGAGUAAUUUCUGUUCUGAAAUAUUAUACAUUGGGCACUCCUGCUCUCCACCAGCUGCUGGGAGAACCCUGCAGUACCGCACACUGCCGCGAUGGCGGCAGCGAGCCCAAACCGACACACACGCGCCGCUCCGCUAAAGAUGUGAAAAUGGCGGAGCUACAAAUGCUUCUGGAAGAGGAGAUUCCAGCAGGACGAAGCGCACUACUGGAUAGUUUCACCAAUUUGGAAAGGGUCGCGGAGUACUGCGAGAGCAACUAUGUCCAGUCCCCAGACAAACAGAGGGCACUGGAGGAGACCAAGAACUACACCACCCAGUCUCUGGCCAGUGUAGCCUACCUGAUCAACACUCUGGCCAACAAUGUCCUGCAGAUGCUUGACAUCCAGGCAUCGCAGUUGCGCCGCAUGGAGUCCUCCAUCAACCACAUCUCACAGACGGUGGACAUCCACAAAGAAAAGGUAGCCCGGCGGGAAAUUGGCAUCCUCACCACCAACAAGAACACAUCCCGCACACACAAGAUUAUUGCCCCAGCCAAUCCCGAGAGGCCUGUGCGCUACAUUCGCAAGCCCAUCGACUACAGCAUGCUAGACGACAUGGGCCAUGGAGUCAAGUGGUUGCAAAGGUUUAAGGCCAGCGCUCAGAACAUGAAAGCCGGAGGAGGAAGUGGACUCCCUCGCACCAACCCCCCCACACAGAAGCCCCCCAGCCCGCCCAUGUCAGGGAAAGGGACCCUUGGGCGCCACUCCCCCUAUAGGACUCUUGAGCCGGUGCGUCCACCCGUUGUCCCUAAUGACUACGUCUCAAGCCCGACGCGCAACAUGGCGCAUCCCCAGCAGAGCCCUGCACGCACUGCAUCCGUUAAUCAGAGGAACCGCACGUACAGCAGUGGGAGCAGCGGAGGCAGCCACCCUAGCAGUAGUCGCAGCAGCAGCCGAGAGAACAGCGGCAGCGGCAGCGUGGGCGUACCCAUCGCUGUGCCGACCCCGGCCCCGCCCACCGCCUUCCCAGGCUCAGCCCCAGCCCAAUCCAACCCAGCUAAACCUUCCUCCAACACUGCCACCAUCCCUGGUCCCCCCACCUCUGCCCUAGAUGGCCCCCCACAGGCCCCAAACACCCCAGUAGAGAUCCCGCCUGUACCCCCGCCCCCUCCCCAGCUCCCUGCCUCUGCAGCCCCCACUGGCACAGGCCCCGCUACUUACGGCAACCCUGCACAAGGUGCUCCUCAGUUCUACAGCAUGAACCGCCCGGUGCAGCCGCCCCAAAACCAGCAGGUUGGAGGCUCGCUGCCGUACAGACGACCCUCCUCCGUCACUGGUCAGCCCAGUGUGGCCCACAACCAAAGCCAGCUCAACGGUGGGCCACACUUCGCCCAGAACCAAGCCGGCCCACUCGCGCCCCCUCCCCCCUCCAUGCAGAUCACCCCUCAGCUGCCUCUGAUGGGCUUUGUGGCCCGAGUUCAGGAGACUAUCUCAGACGUCCCGCCUCCACCUCCACCUGCCGAGGAGCCAGUGUUUGAGGAAUCUACACCACCUCCUCCACCGCCGGAGGACUACGAGGACGAUGAGGAUGAAGAAGAGUCUGCGGUGGUGGAGUACAGUGACCCCUACGCUGAGGAGGACCCGCCCUGGGCUCCACGCACCUACCUGGAGAAAGUGGUGGCCAUCUAUGACUACGCUCGAGACAAGGAAGACGAGCUAUCGUUCCAGGAGGGUGCCAUCAUCUACGUGAUUAAAAAGAACGACGAUGGCUGGUACGAGGGCGUGAUGAACGGGACCACGGGCCUCUUCCCCGGCAACUAUGUUGAGUCCAUCAUGCACUACGCCGACUGAACAAAUCUCCCCCUCUGAGUGGAUAUGGAAGAGGAGCAGGACAAGCGUUUGAUGGGGAAGGAACGGGGAUGGAGGGGAGCCAAGGGUUUAAGGUCAAAGACUUUGAUCAGACAGAGCAUGAUCACCUCCGGGCGAAGAGGGAAAUAAGAGACUGGGGGAAGAGGGAGCAGUUUUUUAAGAAGUUGCAACACGACAAACUGAUGCCCAUUCUCUUGACGUAGGCGCCAUUGUAAAACAACCACUACUCUAGAUAUAUCCUUCCCUGUAAUUUCUUUCUUUAUUUGACUGAGGAGGACUGGACAGUGAUGGAUUUAUUGUAUUUUGAGAGUUUAUAUUAGGAGGUCACUACUUUAUUUUUGCUUCAUGUUUUUGCCCUUAUUUUAAACAAUAUUUAUUUGGAUUUUGUAGUGGGAUAAAUGGUGAGCAGGUAGAUGUGGCUUUUGAGGGGGAUUUAGUUGGUAUUUCCGUGUUGCAGCCUCGGAGAAAGGGCUGGAGGAGAAUGCCUUCAAUUUGUAGAUUUUCUCCAUAACACUCCAGAGACAUUUUAGUGAGAAGUCCUCUCGCUCUCUCUUGCUCUCUCUCUCUCUAAUAUCCUCGGUGGGGGGAAAAAACGGUACUUUCCAUACUUGAUAUUUGGUGAGGUACCUCAGCAGGGAGUGUGCCAAAGCUGACAUUCGCUUAGAUAAGCACAUCAGAUGUCUGAAGGUGACACACAUGAAGCUAGAUAAAAGUAGGUAAGAGAAGACGUCUGAAAGCGAGCAGAGUGUUUAAACACAGAGUUUUGCUGCUUUUUUUCCCUCAAAAUUUAAAUAAAAUAUCUUGCACCACGAGAGUCCGAUGUUUAACUCGUAGGGGCGGGUUUUGUCGCUACAUGCUUCACUUUGCUGGCGAGUGUGCAUUUAUCGGGAGAAGGAAUCGUCAUCCAGCCCUCAAAUAGGAGAGGAAAGAGAUCCUCAACUGCACAAUGACCUGGAUUUUGAAGUCUUACUCGGCAGCUCCCGUCGUGAAUAAUAGAAGUAUAUUAGCUCGACUGGCAAGGCUAAUCAUAUGCAGUGUUAAUAUGCAUUUUAGAUGAAGACUUUGGGGGGGGGGGCAUUUUACCAAGGGGUCCAGAAUUAAGUUUUGCUUGCAGAGCGGCAGACUGCAUGUUAUGACGGGGGGGGGGGGGGGCUUUCUUUUCUUCUCUACUGAUGAUUAAUGUCUUAAUAUUUUUAGAUAUGGUGUGGUUUGGUUGUUGAUAUUCACCCACGAUGACUCCUGAUGCAUUUAGGUUAUUUCUAAGAUGCUUGUGCCAUAUUGAAGUGUGUGUUACUAUUCAGAGGUUAUCACUUCAUUUGCAAUAAAUUGGCCAGAGUGGGGUGGAGUGUCGUUGAACUAAUUUUUUUAAAAUUUUAACUAAUUAACUUUCUUUUUUUUUCUCCACUUUUCCCAAGUUGUUUUAAAUCAAAAGCACAUCCAUUUGUAGUAAAAAGGUGUAGAAGAAGAAAUAAUAUAAAUGUGAGAUGUAUUAUGUCCUCAAAACAGGACGUAUUGAAUAUAAAAAGAAACCAGCUGUUGUGUUCAAAUGGUUUUAACCGUCGCAGGCCCCCAAUACUUCUUAACGCUGUCAGUUUAGGCAUCGUUCGUCCUCCGUAAAGUUUCUAAUACGCUUGGCUGUUUGCGAGGGCUCAGUGCUUGUACUUAUGUCAGAAUCUUUAUUUUCUAUUAAAAAAAAAAGAAAAGAAAUAAUAACAAGUGGGUCUGUAUGUGAGUCUUGCAUGCCAUUGUUCUUAUCUGUACUGGUGUCCCAAAAACCUUUUGUGGCGAGAUCACCCAUUCUUAAAAGGCAAGCAGCCCUGCAGCUCCGACCAGGUACCACCAGCCUCAUCCAGAGACUGUACAACUUAAUUCAAGCCCGCGUCCGAGGAGUCCCUCUCUAACCUGUGGGGGAGGGAGGGGAGGGGAGGGACAGGGCUUCCUCCACCCCUGACAGUAUCUGUCAUUACACUCUUACAACACUAAAAAAAAAUUAAAUAAGGCCCUUGGUCUGCAGGAUUCACAGCUCCCUGGAGUCUGUCGUCCCUCGGGAUGUCAAGUUUAACAAUCCAUAAUGCCAUUGUGUUGCACAGAUAAAGUUGCAUUGCAGAAGUAUCAUAUUUGUAAAAUCAUGAGAACAAAGACAAUAAAGUUAUUAAGAUUUA